GAUCUGGUGGAACUGGAAAAUCAUACUUAACAAAAUUAAUUAUUGAUUGGAUAAAAUCAGAAAGAAAAACUUAUCAUUUAAUAGUACUAACAAGAAUAGCUACACAAAAUGUUAGAGGAUUUACUAUUCAUUUUGCAUUUAGAAUA